AUGGGUGCACCAAACUUCUACCGCUCUGGACUUGUGUCCCUUCUGUUCGUGUCACUGUGCGUCAGCAGCCUCGCAAACGCUGACUACAAUCGAUUCUGUCCCGAUAAAACAUCGCAGAUCCAAGUCGACUCAACCUUCUACACCGUUGCCUGCGAUACAUCCUACAUAUCCCCCGCUCCUAAAAAGGUCAGAGAGGGCGCAUCGCCCGAGGACUGCGCUCGGCUGUGUACCGCGGAGCCAGCAUACCAUGCCAUAGUGUGGUAUCUUGGAAACUGCUGGCAGUCCGAUAAAACUGACGCCGUCUCAUUCCGCGUCCCGGGCGCUGUACUAUUGACGCCUGGCGAGAAACAUGAUCACGCGACUGGAACAUCCGAGGAACAGAAGCAAUGUCUCGCGGAGAAGGAGCAGUUGGCACAGAAGAACGACCAAUGUGGUAGAUCCUUGGAGCAGUGUGAAACUGAGAAGAGCAGCAUAUCUGCGGCAAAGACUACCUGCGAGAACAGUCUCGAGGCUGCAAACAAAGAAAUUGCGCGGUUGUCUAACCAACAGACGGUCACUGACCGCUUCGUUCCUACCGAAAAAGAUGACGGACUAGAGAUAGUUGUUGGUGGCAAGAGAUGGAAAAUAUAUUACUCCAAGUUGAACGAUCCUGGCGCUUGGGACGUGGGUACUCUUUCUCAACCAUCGUAUAUGGCAUGCAUGGAGCUCUGUGCUUCAAAGCCGACCUGUGUUCGCACAGCGUGGGUCAACAAUUAUGCCGGCGCUAAUACAUGCUGGAUGCGAUCGUAUGGCCAGAACACUGUUCAGACCAUUACUCGAGGAUGGACUUCGACCCACCUUAUUGCACCAGCUUGA